AUGAUUCGCGGAUUCUUGAUGUGCUUCUUCCUUUUGGCUACUGUCAUUUGUGUCAGCAAUGCGUACACUCUGGACUAUGAGGUUCCAGAGAGACAAGUCCGCAGCGACGUUCCAUCAGUAUUCUUCUCGCCAUUCCGUAUGGUUGGAAAGAGGAAUCAGUUUUAUGGGCUUUAUAAGCAACUUGGCAAUGCCAAACGCGAGUCCGCUUCGUUUGAUUGA